CUAUGGGUUGUGUGGCUUCGGAAAUCUGUCUUUGUUGCUCUGGGAGAGGGGACUCCUGGAAUGUGUCUCUGAAUAAAGACUAGCCGAAGGUGCGAAGUGACUAGAUGGGAGCAAAGGCGGAAAACUAGGGAAUGGGAGGUGAGAGUGGCUGACACCGACCCAACAUCCGGGUUGCGGGAACGCUGCAGCGCGCGGAGCGGUGUUGGGCAAACCUCUACCCUGUUGUUACUGAAGUCACUCCUGGGGACUUUUGAACAGAUACUGUGGCCUCCUGAAUAGGAAUGUCAGGAUUGGAAAUAAUGGAUGAAGAUCAAUUAAUCAAAGAAGUCUUGGAUAAAUUCCUUAAUUGUCAUGAGCAAACAUAUGAUCAAGAAUUUCUGGACACUUUUACUAAUCUUUCACAAGAGGAUCAUAUGUCCAAAAGGGGAGUGUUUGAAACUGAUUCUUCAGAAAACAUGUUUAUCUCAGCAAAAGUUACUCAUAAAAAUGAAGCAAAUGACUACCAUCUUAGAAAUAAAACCAUCUUUCUUCGUACGUCAUCACAAUGUUUGGAAAAACAGGUAGACAAUUUCCUAGAUUUAGAAGUCUUGGACAUGGAUGAAGAGAUUAAACCCCAAAUGAGCCAGGAUUCGCUGCUGCUUCCAGGAGAAGUGGAGCAGAAUGUCAGCACCAGCAUUCCUUCUUGUAUCCCUUCUGCGGCCCAGCCUCCCAUUUGGGAAGCGAAGCCAAAGCCCACUGUAAAAAGAAUGGACAAACAGACGGAGGAGAUACUUGGAGAUGAAGUUCAACCCUUCUCACUUGAUGAAGAAUUUGAUUAUGACAGCGUGAUGCUAAUCUCCAAGUUUAGUCUUGUAGAGAUAGAGACCUUCAAAGAGCUACGCAAGCAGAAGAGAAAGGGCAGCAACCUAGACUUAGAGGAACCCUGUGACUGAUUCACUGAGGCAUUUGUGUGUGUGUGUGUGUGUGUGUGUGUGUGUGUGUGUGUCUAUCUUAAUUUUGUUCUUAUUCAAGCAAAAUUAGAAUAAAUGAUAAACCUACUAUAAUUCCCUUUGUGGAAA